UAUCGACUUUUAUUUGCGUCCAACGAAAGAGCAGAAGAUAAUGCUGUCGGUCCACUGCUACGUAUCAGCACCGUCCCUCUAUUCCCUUCUCCGGAGAACUCCCUCAUCUCCACGAAUCAUCUCUGCAACUUUUCCUCAGCCCUUAUCUUCUUCCUCUGCAGCAAGUAAAAGGAGAAAUUUACUAGUUUCCAUAGCAACCACCAGUUUUUCUACUUUAAUCUUGUCAUCUCCUUCAAAAUCCGCCAGUAUCACCGACUUUCACGACCUCCCUAACUCCGGUGGUGUCAAGGCCUUGGACAUCCGUGCUGGCACCGGUCCAACCCCGGUCGAUGGAGACCAGGUUGCAAUACAUUAUUAUGGAAGGCUGGCAGCAAAGCAAGGGUGGCGGUUUGAUUCCACUUAUGAUCAUAAAGACAGUACUGGAGAGCCCAUCCCCUUUAUCUUCACCCUUGGCUCCGGGAAAGUAAUUUCAGGGAUUGAAUGGGCAGUGAGAUCAAUGAAAGUAGGUGGAACUCGUCGAGUUAUCAUUCCUCCGUCCAAAGGAUAUCAGAAUACUUCACAGGAGCCUAUUCCCCCUGACUUCUUUGACAAACAGAGGCUGUUUACCACCAUUUUCAAUCCCACCCGUCUUUCCAAUGGAGAAGGCUCUACAUUGGGAACCCUAAUAUUUGAUAUUGAGUUGAUCAGUAUAAGGCAUUAGAAAACUCAACUUCCAUUCUAUGCCACUGUCACAUGUUAUU